AUGGCAUCGUUUAAUCACAACAUCUUCAUCAUCAUCAUCAUCACCCUCAUCGCCCCCACCACCGCUUGCCUUCAUCCUCUCUUCCUUUCUGUCACCCCCUCUACUCUGCACUCCCACCGCAUUAAAAAAUCUGUCACAAGUGACACUUCUGACAGUGAUGAAGACAUGGAGACCAUUCUUACCCCACCCCCUCACCACUCCAACGACGAGACUCCACCCCCUCAUCACUCCAACGACGAGACUCCACCCCCUCAGCGCUCCAAAGACGAGACUCCACCCCUCAUCAGUUGCCUUCAGAAUAUCCAGCACAGCCAUCCACAAGUGGCCAAACGCCCCAAAAACGAUGUCACGAUUGCCCAAAUCUUGGAGGAGCUUGCUGAGAAAAUUAACAGCAAGGACAUCUGCAAAUUUAAUAUCAACAGAGCAAAUGUUCUGGAUGGUGCCAUCCGUGGGUUUCGGAGGCUGACUUACAACCCCUGCAGUACGAUGACCAUAAAGUUCUCUGAUGAUAAGGGCACGCGUGAAGAGGCUAUAGAUCUAGGGGGCCCAAAACGUGAAUUUUUGAGAUUACUUGUGGAGGCACUGUCACAGUGUGACAUGUUUGAGGGGCAGGAGGGACACUUAAACCUUGCCCUGGAUUCCACAGCUCUACGUGAGGAUCUCUAUUACCAUGCUGGCACAGCGGUGGCUGUAUGUUUGGUCCACGGAGGCCCAUCCCCUUCCUUCCUUUCAAAGACCCUAUUUGAUUGGAUUGCACACGGGCUCGAAAGGUGCAGACCAGUUCUAGAGGACAUUGGUGAUUUCAAAUUGCGCCAAAAACUGGAACAGAUUUCUGAAGCCAAAACUCUUGGUGAGCUCAAAGCAACAGCAGAACCACUUACUGACUAUCUUGCUAUUGCUGGCUGCUUGAGGAACCUGAGCUCUCUUGCUGACAAGGAUCAACUAGUACAAGACAUUAUGAUGUUCCAUGUUAUUCAUCGUGUGAGGGGACCCUUUGAAAGAUUCAGAGAGGGACUGAAAACACUUGGUAUUCUUGAGAAAAUCCAGCUUCACUCAGACGUGUUUCGCAAGGUCCUCUGUUAUACCCCAGAUGGUCUAUCAGCUGAUAACAUGGAUGACCUUUUCGAAAUCAGAUGGUCGGAAACUGGCAGCAAUAGGAGAAGAGAGGAAAACAAAGUCGUGGCGUACUGGAGAGAUUUCCUCCAAGACGCAGAAGAGGAAUCAGGGACCACAACCCUACAGGAGAUACUGACGUUUGCCACGGGGUCCAAUAUGGUGCCACCAAUUGGCUUCGCACCACAGCCCUCGGUGGAGUUUUUGCACAACGGUGGAAAAUAUCCAACAGCCAACACAUGUAUUAAUUGUUUACAUUUGCCAAUCCAUGCCAGAUAUGAUGAUUUCAAAAACGCUAUGCAUUUUGCCAUUCAGAACACCCAAGGAUUUGGAAUGGCCUAA